UGAAACGGUUCAGACAUUUGUUUGAAUUUAUUAAAUUGUGAAAAUGAAUGGUCUAAUUACUAUUUUGACCAUAUCUACAUUACUGUCUGCUUGUAAUGGAGCUCGGCCCAGUAACUAUGAAAUUAGCAGAAACCAAAUAGGCACAGCCAAAAACGGAGUUGGCUACGGUCAAUAUGGGCAGUACCCCGGACAAUAUCCAACUGGACCGGGGCAAUAUCCGGGUAACCAGUAUCCGGGACAAUUUCCGGGUAACCAGUAUCCAGGGCAAUAUCCGGGCAACCAAUACCCAGGUCAAUAUCCUGGCAACCACUAUCCGGGUCAAGAUGGCCCGCCAGGUGCCCAUCCUGGGUGCCCGUUAUGUGACUCGUCAGUCUACAGUUACUGCUCUCAUAAACAAACCCAUGACUCUUGCUGUUGCGAAAAUCAAGCAUAUUUACCAUUCUCCUGCCGUAAAACGAACUGCAAUUUCCUUCACGCCAACUCUUGUCAAGAAUACCAUCUCAUCACCAACUGCUGCUGUGUCGAUCUUCAGAAAAGUGCUGUGGCACCAGUUGUUCCUGUAGCUGCUGUACCAGUAGUGGUUUAAGAAGAUUCAUAUAUCAAAGCAAUUUGACUGAAUAUUGGGCUGUUCUUAACAAUCUAAAAUGGCAAUUUGAUGCUACAUAUUAUUUACAAUUAUUAAUGUACCUAUCUACAAAAAAAGAUAAGUGAUUAACCACACUUAACUUAAUCAAAUAGACAUCAAUCCUUGCAGAAACAGAAGAUAGAUAUAAAUAUAGAAUUCUUAAUUUAACAUAAGCUUUGAAAUAAAUCAACUGAUUACUCAUGUGAUUAAAAUAUAGAUGUGUUAAAAGAAAUUUUCUACCUAUGAACAUAAUUGUAUGGAAAGUGUUGGAAGUACAGAAAUAAAACAAAUAU